GCAGUUUUUCUGAGCUACCAGCAGAUGGCGCUCGUCUCACCGUCGCGUCACGUGUUCAUCGACAAACUUUACAGCAGUCAUACAAACAAACCCAGAGACUCACAGACAUUUUUUAACAUCGACUGGACAACAACGAACAGCCUUUUUACACCUGCUGCUGUGAGGAUAUGGCAACCCUUAAAGUCGAGUGUGUGGUGAAGGAGCAGAAUGAGAUUGGAGAAGGUCCAGUCUGGGAGGAGAAAGAUGGCUGUCUGUUAUAUGUUGACAUCUAUGGCCCAAAGAUCAACAGGUGGAACUCACUGACCAAUCAGAUAGACAGUAUGUGUACAGAGUCGUACGUGGGCUGCGUCGUUCCUCGGAGGUCUGGAGGGUAUGUGAUCGGAGAGGGGACGCGCUUUGCUGCUGUAGACUGGGAGAAGCGAGCCAUCACGACCAUCACUAAAGUGGACACAGAGAAGACCAACACCCGCUUUAAUGAUGGGAAGGUGGAUCCUGCCGGCAGGUUUUUUGCAGGCACCAUGGCGGUUGAGGUGCGUCCUGCUGAGCUGGAGAGGAAACAGGGCUCGCUGUAUAGCCUGCUCCCCGAUCACUCCGUCAUCAAACACUUUGACCAGGUGGACCUCUCUAACGGUUUGGACUGGUCUCCAGAUCACCGCUUCUUCUACUAUGUAGACAGUCUGACGUACAUGGUGGAGGCCUUCGAUUACGAUAUACACACCGGAGGAGUAGCUAAUCGCAGAAUGGUGUACAGACUUGAGAAAGAUGAAGGUAUUCCUGAUGGCAUGUGCAUUGAUGCGGAAGGGAAACUAUGGCUGGCCUGCUACAAUGGGGGCAGAGUUCUGCGUAUCGACCCUCUGACAGGGACCAGGCUUCAAACGGUGAAAAUGCCAGUUGCUAAAAUCACCUCCUGUUGUUUUGGAGGCAAAGAUUACACAGAUCUCUACGUCACCUCUGCGUGUAAAGGCAUGGACGAGGAAUCGCUCACCAAACAGCCCCAAGCCGGCUGCAUUUUUAAGGUCUCUGGCUUAGGAGUAAAGGGAAUUCCUCCAAAUUCAUUUUCCGGUUAAAGCACCAGAGAAUCUCUGCAUUUGGUGAAAUACACACACGGGAUUGUGGUGAUUGUGUCCGCUUGACAGUUCUGCAUUGACAUAUUGAUUUAAUAAUGAUCUGAAAUCACGAGACUGAAUUAAGCAGCUUUUUGUGGUCCAUCAUGACAUCUCGGUCAGGACUUCAGAAUCAAGGGCUUUGUGACGAAAUCAAUUGGCAACAAUGCUUGACAUAAUUGAAGUGAAUAAUAUAAUAAUUAAAAUAAUUAAUGGAUGUAAUGAGAACUAACACAUCUGCUGUUGCGAUGAUAAAAAAAAUCCUGAUGACUUAUGACAAGAAAAUGAGUUUAACAUCAUGUGCAUCUAAAAAGUUUAUACCCUUCAUUUAAAUGUUCCAUGUAGCCCAUGUUCUUUUCAUUCAUGCAUCUUAAGUAAUGAAUCCUAUCCCACUAUCCUGACUCUGUUUUUAUCCCGUUAUACUGGGAACACUGGAACGCACACAAGGCAGGAACACCUUGUGUAUGGUUCACUGUUGUUUUUGGAAGUUGGGUGGAAACCGGAGAACCCAGAGGAAAUCAUGGACAUCGAUAAACCUCUCUGAGCUCUGGAAUGAGGAAUCGCAGACCCUCAAGAUGUGAAUUUGCAACACUAUCUGUGCCAACAUGCCUCCUCUAAGUUGUUUUUAAUCAUUUUAUAUUUUCAUAUUGUUGAUGUAUACCAUUUUUUUAUUAUUUCUAUUUGGUCAUCUGGUGAAUCAUUUCCAGGGUAUUAAACAUUAACAGAUGAGUACAUGCAUCAACCUUAAUCAUUGUUGGCUGUUUGGUGAAAUAGAUUUAAUUAAAUAAGCAAAAAAAUUAAAAGUAAAUACCCCAGUCUUUCA